AUGAGCUCCCCUCUAGUAGCCAUAGUCACUGGCGCUAACCGUGGCAUCGGGCGUGCCAUCUGCGUUGCCCUGAUUCAGCAGUUUUCAGGCCCUUUGGUUCUGUACACAGCCUCUCGUGCAGGGGUUUCUAUUGACUUGGCCGGACUUUCUAUCCCGCCAACCGUGCAAGUUCGACCUGCUCAGCUGUCCCUCACCGACCAGGCUAGUAUCACGGCCCUCAGCAUGAUGGUCGCCAACGAGCACAAGGGGUGCGAUAUUCUGAUCAACAAUGCCGCAAUUUACUAUUUUCAGGAGAACAUCACCGCAUCACAGCUUCAGGAAACUCUCGACGUUAACUAUCGUGGCACCCUAAAUGUCUGCCAAGCCUUCUUACCAAUCAUGCGCAAGAAUGGCCGCAUCGUCAAUGUCUCCUCCCUAGCCAGCCAGCUCAAGCACUUCCACCCUCGUUUGCAGGCACGAUUUCUGAAACCAAACCUCACCUUCACCGAGCUAAACGUCCUGGUCGACGAGUACAGUCGCUUCCCAGAUCAGCACACUGCGGCUGCAUCGGGCUGGCCCCUCUUAGCCUACUUUACAAGCAAAGCCGCUUUGAACGCCGCAACACGGAUUCUGGCUCGUGAAAACCCUCACCUGCUGAUUAACUGCUGCUGUCCAGGGUGGGUGGAUACAACGCUGGGUGCUCAAGCAGGUAAGCCACCCAAGUCUGUUGAGGAAGGAGCGAGAAUCCCACUGCGACUCGCGAUUGGUGACAUCGGGCAGGUCAGUGGGAGGUACUGGGCGAAUGAAACAUCGGCGAGUGCAGGCAGUGGAAAUAUUCAGGAUUGGUAG